AUGGCCGAGUCUCCAACCCCUGCCCUGCCGGCCAGGGAGCGGUCCGCCGCCCCUCCCCCCACGGCCAUCGAGGACCUGCCCAACGAGCUGCUCUCGCACAUCUUCACCUUCCUCGAUGGGCCCGCCGCCCCCUCGGACGCCCGCCUGCACGACCAGCCCAGCGCCCGCCUCUUUGCGCCCGCCGCCGGCGACCUCCCCCCGCCGCCGCAGCAGCUGCUGCCGCUCAAGAGCGCCUCGGCCGUCAGCCGGCGCUGGCGCGCCAUCUCGCUGCCCGUCCUCUUCCGCCACGUCGUCUGGCCCGUCGACCGAUGGGAGCUGCUGCUGGUCGAGCAGGAGGCCGACCGCGUCGCUGCCGUGCCGCUGCUCGAUUUCGUCAGGACCAACGGUCUUGGGCCCUCGGUCCUGACGCUGACCAUGGUCGUGGGCGACAGCCUCGCCGGCAUGUACCGGCUGCAGGCCGAGGACGACGACGACGACGACGACGAGGACGUGACGGACCGAGUGCAGGAGUCCCCACGGCAGCAGCAGUGUGGCGACGAGGACGACAGUCAUCAGGACCAGGAGGACAGCAGCAGCCGCCGCGUCUCGCGCGUCGUGGAUGACCAGCCCGAGCCGGAGCGGUCCGUCACGUACAACGAGGACAACAACUGGCUGUGGGACGUCAUCUUGGGGCUCGUCGACCCGCUGCGCCUCACGCUCGUGGCGCCGCCGCGCAUGCUGGCGUCGCUGCUGUCGCGCAUGGUGUUCCUGGGCGACGCCUGCAGCUUCGGGCCCUCGCUGCACCUGCUGUCGCUGUCGCGCGCCCGCCGCGGUGGGUCGGCCCCGGCCCGCGGCGCAGCUGUGGGCUGCUCCCGCAAGGGUAAGGAAAAGGAAAGGGAAAGGGAGGCGACGCGCCCAGGGCAGCCCUCGUCCUCUUCCGCCCCGCCGAGGCAGCAGGGCCUGCGACGCGUCCCCUGCCGGCUCUUCACCGCGCGGGCCUGGACGUCGGUGCUGCUCAACGAAGGGUCCUCGGCGCGCGUCUACUCGGCGCCCGAGUUCUACACCAAGCGGCCGCCCUCCAUCCUAGAUGCGCUCCUGGGCGCGGGAGAGUUCCCCAACGACGAGCGCCUCAUCCCGCCGCGCGUGCGCUCCCUGUCGUACGUGGCCGUGUUCCCACUCUCGGCCCACUUCGCGACGCUGGUGCGCCACCUGCCGCCCCUGGACCGGCUGUUUGUGCAGGUCGUGCCGCGCGACGACGACGACGUCUUUGGCGACGUGCUGGAGAGGACCAGGCGGCGGCUGGGGAGCAGGCAGCGGCCCGUGGACCCGCAGGACCUGUGGAUCGAGCGCAACGCGGCCUACAGCCUCGUGAUCCGCGCCAUGGUGGACGGCCGCCGCAGGGGCUACUGGCGCCAGCUGCGCGAGUUCGAGUCGGGCGACGCCGCGGACCGCGAGGCCUGGGAGCUGGCGGUGCAGUACGUGCGCAUGGCGGGGCGGGCGUGGCGCGUCGCGGGAGAUGGGGUGUUUUGCCGCCGCGAGGGGUAUGAAGAGGAGGGGGACGAUGGGGGUGGUGGUGGUGGUGGUGAUGAUGACGGCUAUGAGGAUGGUCACGACGAUGAUGAUGAAGAUGAUGUUGAAGAUGAUGAUGAAGAUGAUGAUGAAGAUGAUGAUGACCAUGAUGGUUAUCACGGCGGGUUCGGUGGCAUGCUGCCGCUCAUCGGCGAGGACGGCCCCGAAGACGACGAUGACGACGAGUCCAUCGUCGAGAUCAUCGAGAUGCACGGCGGCGGCGGCGGCAGUGGAGGCGGGGUUGGGGGGAGCGGAAACGGAGGGGCAGGGUCCGCGCAUCAAGGGGGUGAGGAGUCGGACGAGGAGGAUGAAGCGUCCGUUGCCGACUCGCCAUUCCUGUCAGUACCGUGA